AUGUCAACACAAAUGGAAUUCAUCAUGCAGCUUUAUAUGAUGAACUUACUGCAACAACAACAGCAGCAGCAGCAACAACAACAACAACAGCAAUUAAAUACUGCGCCAACCGCCGGCUAUGCCUAUACACAAAAAGAGGAUAUCAGCAGCAGCACUUGUCUGCAACAGCAAUUCCAACAGCACCAACAGCAAGUGCAGCAGCAGCAACAACACAAAUCAAGAACGCAAAAACGCAUAAAUUCGCAAAACACCAACUGUAGUAGUAGCCGUAGUUGUAGUCCCAAUAGUAAUUUGAAUCCUUUACAACAAACUACAACAGCAACACCUCUAACACCACUAACAACAGGGACAACAACACCAAAUAAUUUUACUAACAAUUUUCCGCAAAUAUUGCUUAAUUCAUUGCCACCAUUGACGCAGUACAUGAUGCAGCAGCAGCAACAACAACAACAGUUGCAACAACAAUUGCUGGCCGCCUCCUCACCUCUGCUACUAACACCCACUACCCCAAACUCUGCACAACAACAGCAACAGCAAUUUCUCAAUGCCAACACAUUAGGUCUGAAUGUUGAACAACUUACCACAAAUAAUUUUUUGCAAUCCUCCACAGUGACAUCGACGCCAAACGAGAAGACACCACAACAUGUUGCUGAUACAGCAGCAGCAGCAACAUCGGCAACUGCCGAUGCAGCGCAUGUUGCUGGCAACAUUUCGGCGUUCGCUGCACUUCGACGGGACAUUAAAUGCGAACAAUCCAUACAACAGGACUUUGAUGAUGAGGAUGAUAAGCCGCUCUCAAGUCUGCAUAGUUGUAGUUCGUCGGGCGUGGCCAGCACCAAUGCCAGUUCCGAGAAGUUGCUGCUGUGUAGUGUGGGUGUACAGGCCUUGGAGAGCACCACCGACAGCUACGACUCGCCUAGCAUGUACACACCCGUCAAGCAACCAGCAGACUCCUCGUAUAAUGGCACUAGUGGUAUCCCGCUCAGCGAUCAGAUCGAAGAGCCAACUCAGCUCAGUACGCCCCUUUCUCUUGCCAAUACUCUGCUCACACCACCCUCCAGUGAUCAGCAGAAGAGUGUUAGUCUCUCGACUGCCAGCAGCUUGGAUGCAUUUCUUCAGAACGAGGAGAAUCUGAAGAAUUUGCGAAAAGUCUCCUCAUAUUUGGAGUGCGAGAACACGCUGUGCCGUCAGGAGACCUUACGCGAGCAUUUCCACUGCUAUGAUGAGCCAUGUCAGGGCAAGAUUCUUAGCAAAAAGGACGAUAUCAUUCGUCACUUGAAGUGGCAUAAGAAACGCAAAGAGAGCUUGAAGCUGGGCUUUGCACGUUUCUCAUCAUCGGAUGAUUGUGCGCCGGCCUAUGGAGCCGGUUGUGCCUAUAAUUGGAAGCAAACCCACUACCACUGCGUUUACGAGCACUGUCCGAAGGUCUAUGUGAGCACCAGUGAUGUGCAGAUGCAUGCGAAUUUCCAUCGCAAGGACUCGGAGAUUGUCAACGAGGGCUUUCGACGUUUCCGUGCACAUGAGAACUGUCGUAUUGAGGACUGUCCCUUCUACGGCAAGAAGAUAUCGCACUAUCAUUGCUGUCGCGAGGGCUGCAAUCACACAUUUAAGAACAAGGCCGAUAUGGACAAACAUAAGACAUAUCAUUUGAAGGACUACCAAUUGACACAAGAUGGUUUCAAGAAAAUUCUCAAAACGGAAGUGUGUCCCUUCGAGGCCUGCAAGUUCUCCACCGUUUGCAAUCAUAUUCAUUGUGUGCGUGAGAACUGCAACUACAUUCUGCACUCGAGCAGUCAGAUGAUCAGCCAUAAACGCAAGCACGAUCGUCAGGAUGGGGAGCAGGCCUACCAGCAGUUCAAGGGAAAGAGGGACGAACUGGAUGAAUCUUCUGUGGAGGCCACACCGCAGUCAACAGCUCCAGCAGCGGUCGUUAGCAGUCACUCAGCGACAAGCAGCACUUCCACGCCCCUUUCUUCCCUUUCUGCGGAACACUUUUUGGCGCGCAAGCGCGGACGACCGCCCAAGAAAAUUCAACUGCCCACCGACGUACAGCCCGACAGCAAACGGAUCAAGAUGGAGGCAACCAAUGACAAUGGCAACAAUUCAUCGCUUGGAUCAAGUGGCAGUAACAGUUCCGCCAACAACAACUCCUUGGCCGGUUUAUUGCCUUCCUUUAUGCCCAAUUUCAAUGCCGCAGCCGCCGCUGCUGCUGCGGCACAAAGCACGGCAGCAGAUGCAACAGCGCCAAAUUUCCAGCUAACUCAUCUGAUGGCCUUGUUCCAGCUACAGAAUCCACUUUUCUAUCAAAACUUGUAUCCAGGCGCUGGCAAUGUGGCAAACAUGCUGGCCUCGGCUGGCACAAUGCCACAGAAUACCAAUAUGUUUGGCAAUUUGGCAGCUUUUAGUGCAGCUUCUGCGGCUGCGGCGGCGGCUGCGUCAGCGACAGGGGCGGGGGUGGGGAUGGGGCUCCCACCCAAGUCUACGGAAUUUAGUAUUAAGCCCGAGUUUAAGGAGUAA